UCCCUCCCCGUCUCUCUCCCUCCCUCGCUCACACACGCACAAGGAGAGACAGAGGCGCGGCAAGGACCCGACCGACGCACACCCGCGAGGCCGCGACCGACGGAGAUGGAGUCGCCGGAGGCCUGCUCGUCCGGGGAGACGUCCCCCUUGUCACCGGCGGCGGCAGCGGCGGCGGCGGCGGAGCGCCCGUCCGAGGCGGCGGCGCUGCGAGCGCUCGUCGACCGGGUGCGCGCCGGGGAGGUGGACGCCGCCCGCGAGGUGCGCCGCCUCACCAGGGCCUCCGCGAGGCACCGCCGCAAGCUCGCCGCCGCCGUCGACCCGCUCGUCGCCAUGCUACGCUCCGCCGCGCCCGAGGCUGGGGAGGCCGCGCUCCUCGCGCUGCUCAACCUCGCCGUCAGGGACGAGAGAAAUAAAACCAAGAUAGUGGAUGCCGGUGCACUUGAGCCCCUGCUUUGUUAUUUGCAAUCAAGUGAUCUAAAUCUGCAGGAGUAUGCGACUGCUGCUCUCCUUACACUUUCAGCCUCGUCCACCAAUAAGCCUAUCAUAAGUGCUUCAGGAGCAAUUCCUCUACUCGUGAAAGUCCUCAAAGAAGGGAAUCCUCAAGCCAAGAAUGAUGCUGUGAUGGCUCUCUACAACCUCUCCACAAUCGCUGACAAUCUUCAAGCCAUCCUUUCUGUUCAGCCGAUUCCUCCUUUAAUAGAGCUACUGAAGGGUGGCAAGAGGUCCUCCAAAACAGCUGACAAAUGCUGUGCUCUUCUCGAGUCAUUGCUUGCUUUUGAUCAAUGUCGGGUGGCCUUGACAUCUGAGGAAGGCGGAGUGCUCGCCAUCGUGGAGGUACUUGAGGAAGGCUCCCUUCAGGGCAGAGAACAUGCUGUGGGUGCGCUCCUGACAAUGUGCGAGAGUGACCGCAGCAAGUACAGAGACCUCAUUCUGAAUGAAGGGGCAAUUCCUGGUCUUCUCGAGCUUACAGUCCAUGGCACACCCAAGUCUCGGAUGAAGGCUCAUGUUCUUCUCGACCUGUUGCGCAACUCGCCGUACUCAAGAUCAAAGCUGCAGGCAGACACGCUCGAGAACCUCGUGACCAACAUCGCUUCCCAAAUAGACGGCGAAGACCGUGGCGGCAAAGCGAAGAAGAUGCUCGCUGAGAUGGUGAAGGUCAGCAUGGAGCAGAGCCUGAGGCAUCUGCAGCGCCGGGCUUCCUUCGCCUGAAACUGCCUCAGGUGACGACGGAUGCCCCCCUUAUUUUGCAAUGGAAAUAGAAGAUAGCUCAAAAUAAUGAGAUUCCUGGUGAUGCCGGUCCAGGCCGUGACAAGGACCGAGUGACCGGUCUAAGCCCUUCGUAUACUUAUACCUAAGCUCUUGACGUAGAACUCCAUUUCCCCCCUUCCACUCGCCAAUCUUGUGUCUCACUACGAAGAAAAGAGAUCUGAUUUUUCUUGUCGCUGUAAGUUUUCCCUUCCCAAGGUUUUGUGCAUGUAUCAAAAGAAGAAAAAAAAGCAAAAAAAAAAAAAAAGAGAAAAGAGAGAAAAGAAAAAAGACAUUUCCUGUGGGGGGAAUGGAUUGUAUAUAAAGCAAAGGAUCCCAUUCCUCAUGUCUGAAAAAAGUCUCUCUGUUGGUUUCAGACUACGCUUUUUUUUUCUGCU